UCCCCGUCCGUCUCUUGGCGGUGUCGAGGCGGGAGGGUUGGAAGCCAUUACUGGGCCCGGGCCUGCGAGCGGCGAGGAUUAGGAGGCUAACUGGAACCGGUGCCCGGGCGUCAGGCAACGAGAGACCGGGUGGCGGGAGAGAGAGAAAAAACCCAACCAGCGUAAUCCCGAGCCGCGGAUCCACCCGCCGGGCGAGCGAUCGAGCGAGUGAGUCGGUGCAGCGGCGGACCCAGCUGGAAAUGGCGGACUUCGCGGCAGCGGCGCCCCCGCACGCAGUCGGGGCCGGCACGGCCGGAGCCGGGGCCGGGAGCGGGGCCGGCGGGGGGGCGGCUUUCAAAAAGCCGGACGCUUUCGCGGACGCGGUGCAGCGGGCACGGCAGAUAGCUGCUAAAAUUGGAGGUGACACUGCAACAACAGUAAACCACAGCACACCAGAAUUUGGAUUUGUUGGUCAAAAGAGACAACUAGAAGAUGGAGAUCAGCCGGAUAGUAAAAAAAUAGCCGCACAAAGUGAUCCAAUCGGAGCUCAACUUGCAGCAAUACACCAGCAAAGGGCAACCCUUACAGAGGAUUACAGAGUGCCAGAUGGGAUGGUUGGUCUUGUUAUAGGCAGAGGUGGAGAGCAGAUAAACCGAAUACAGCAGGAGUCUGGGUGCAAAGUACAGAUUGCUCCAGGGCCAAAUUCUGAUGAAAGUGGAGGUUUACCAGAACGAUGUGUCUCAUUGACAGGAAAUUCGGAGUCAAUUCAGACGGCAAAAAUGCUGCUGGAUGAAAUAGUUUCUAGGGGUCGCGGUGGGCCUCCGGGUCAGACCCAUGAUACCACGAAUGGACAAAAUGGAUCCAUUCAGGAGAUCGUGAUCCCAGCAGGAAAGGCUGGGCUCAUUAUUGGCAAAGGAGGGGAGACCAUCAAACAGCUUCAGGAGCGUGCUGGAGUGAAGAUGAUUUUAAUCCAAGAUGGUUCGCAAAAUGCUAAUGUAGAUAAACCACUCCGAAUUAUUGGUGAUCCUUUUAAAGUACAGCAAGCACGGGACAUGGUGAUGGAGAUUCUGCACGAGCGUGACCAAGGAGGAUUUGGGGAUAGGAAUGAGUUUGGCAACCGAGGAACUGGUGGAGUCGGUGGUUUAGAUGUACCAGUGCCACGGCAUUCGGUGGGAAUUGUGAUCGGACGCAGUGGGGAAAUGAUCAAGAAAAUUCAGAAUGAUGCUGGAGUGCGAAUACAGUUCAAACCAGAUGAUGGGUCUACGCCAGAUAAGAUAGCACAUGUAAUGGGGCCUCCAGAGAGAUGCCAGCAUGCUGCACAAAUAAUAACUGACCUUCUGCAGAACGUGCGGGCUGGUCCCACUGGUCCUCCCGGACCUGGUAUGCCUGGGCCUGGCCGAGGAAGGGGAAGGGGACAAGGCACGUGGGGGAUGGGUCCCCCUGGAGGAGAGAUGGCUUUCUCCGUCCCCAGCCACAAGUGUGGAUUGGUCAUUGGCAGAGGUGGAGAGAAUGUGAAGGCAAUAAACCAACAGACCGGUGCGUUUGUGGAACUGCAGAGACAACCCCCACCUAAUGGUGAUCCUAACUUUAAACUUUUCACCAUCCGAGGGUCACCUCAACAGAUUGACCAUGCUAAACAGCUCAUUGAGGAGAAGAUUGAGGGUCCUUUGUGUCCUGUCGGACCUCCAAUGCCUACUGGUCCGAUGGGACCCUUCCAGCCAGGACCCUUCACCCAAGGACCCCCAGGAGCUCCACCUCCUCAUCCUGCUGCUGGUGGGCCACCUCCUCCACAUCAAUAUCCUCCUCAAGGUUGGGGCAACACGUACCAACAGUGGCAGCCGCCUGGACCACACGACCCAAGUAAAGCUCCUGGCGAUCCGAAUGCAGCUGCCUGGGCUGCCUAUUACCAACAAUAUUACCAGCAGCCUCCUGCACCUGUACCACCCCAGCAGCCAGCUGCUGCCCCACCAGGACCAGACCCAACUCAGCAACCUCCAGUUCAAGGACCAGGAGGACAGCCUGAUUACACUAAAGCAUGGGAGGAAUACUACAAGAAGCUAGGUCAGCAGAGCCAGCCUGGCCAGCAGCCUGGUCCCCAGCAGGAUUAUACAAAGGCAUGGGAGGAGUAUUAUAAGAAACAAGCUCAGAAUGCCCAAGGGGCAGCAGCAGCAGCAGCAGCGGCAGCAGCAGCAGCAGCACCACAACCAGGAGCCCAACCGGAUUACAGUGCAGCGUGGGCUGAGUACUACAGACAGCAGGCAGCUUACUACGGGCAGCCUGGGGCCCCUCAGCCUGCCCCCCAGCAGCCACCUGCACAACAAGGGCAACCGGUACGUCUGCACCCCCCUCCUUCCUACAGGUUUUAACUCCUUCCUCUCCUUAUGGCAGGGGUGCCUGCUGGACACGGCUCUGCCUUCACCCACCAUCGUGAUGCUCUGGCUAAGAACAACUCAACCUGGCCUGCAGUAAACACACACCUACACACACACACACACCCAUGAUCUUUCUCUUUCUCUUUUUCUACCUAAGUGGUUACACACUCAAUGGAACCAACAUGUGGGAUGGUUCCACCUUCUGUGACGACUCAGCGGAAGCGUUUAUGGUACAACUGAUUGCUGUGACGUUUCCCCAAACCUUUUAUUCCUGAUCACUGCCCAGUGGCAUUUUCUAGAUGCAGGUGACGCCACAUGAAUUGAAACCUGCCUCUGUUUCUCUCUUUCUGUGUGCUCUUCCUCUGCCUGUCUCUUUCUGGCCUUCUCAGUUCCCCCCCCCCCCCCCCCAAUCACUUCUCAACCCCCUCAUUCCUCCUCUCCCUCAUCUUCUCUCUCACUCCCCCCCCACCCCCCCAAACCUGUCUCUCCCCCCAGGUAUGUUAACAUAUUCCGUUUUAGCCAUUGCCGCCCAGUUGUGCUGGAUCAUGUGGGAUGUCCUACCAUGUACUUUCAUCACCUCAGAUGGAAUGUAAUACGUGACCAAACCAAUGCGUAUCAGCAACAGGUGAAAGGCAAGGUCACAAAGAUCCUUACAUAACUAUCACCAAAGUUAUCCGACACAUGGACUGGCUUUCCUGAGAGAAGAUUGAGACCUUGCAGUAAAUUCUUGAACACAGUUUUCUAUCCCUGCUCCUCGUGAAGGUUCAAAUGAAGCAGAAGACUUUAAGACUGUCACAUUUGAGUCUUUCGGUGAUGAGAUGUACUUCGAUGUUAAAGCAGACCCGUUGAAGAAUUUCAUUAACGGGCAUUAGAGGAUGCAACACAUAAGAGACUCUGGAAACAAAUCUCUCUUGUCUUCAUCGUCCCAGUCAAAGUGAAAAUUGCUUAUUCUGUUUACGUGAUGGAUUGGAAUUAACAUUUGAAAUGCUUUUCCCCUAUUGAAAUAAUCUGUGAAGCAAUUAAUUUGCAAUCAGGGCCUCUGGGCUCUGAACGGUGGUUAGUUUUCACACAAAGUGAAGAGAUGCUGUCUUAAGCUGAUCCUAGAAUUGUAGAGCACAGGAGGACGCCACUGGCCCAUCAUGCUUGUGCCAUCUCUCUGAAAGAGCCGUUCAGUUAGUCUCUUUCCUCAACCUGACAGAUUUCUCUUUCAAUAUUUUUAUUCAUUUUUCCUGAAACAAAGUUUCAGUGAUAUCAGUGGUUUUUCGAUAAAGCUAGUUUCUGAUCAAUGUAGCCUGAUUAUGAAUAAGCAGAUAAACUGCCCCUAAUCCUAACAGUUUAUAAGUCUCCUCAAUUAGCUAGCAAUCUGUCCAUUCAGAGUAGUGAGUUUAGAUUAAAGUUGAAAUGUUGGAGGUUAGGACUAUGUCCCAAUCCAUGAGCAAUGUGGAGAGAUGAGCUUGUGUUUGGAACACGUAAAGGUUACAGAACAGAAGCAGGCCACUAGGUUCAUGUGGUUCCUGUUGGAGUUCAUCUUCCCUCCAAGCUCCCUCCCACCGUGCUUCAUCUCAGCCCCGAUUUAGCAUAUCCUUCUCCUUUCCCCCUCAUGUACUUGUCUAGCUUGCCCCUCAUUGCAUUGCUGUCUGCUUCAGUGCAACCUGUGAUAGUGACUUCCACAUCCUCAGCAUCUUCGGGCUCCAGAGGUCUCACCUGAAUUCCUUUGUGACUUAUUACUGACUGUCUGUCUUAGAUUUUAAGCCCCUACUUUUGGUCUCCCUUACAAAUGGAUGCACUUUCUCUACAUCAACCCUAUCAAUCCCACUCAUUAUCUGAAAGAUCUCUAUUUGCUUGCCCCUUCUGUUUAUUGAAGAAAAGACCCUGUGAACUGUUUCGUUUUUUUUUCUGGUAGCUAGAAUAUCCUCAGAUUCUUUGAUCUUUCUCCACCUCCUUUAUAUCUUAGCGUUUGGAGACCAGAAUUGCGUAUAGUACUUCCAAUGUGGUAUAGCCAAGGUUCUAUAAAAUUUUCAUAACUGCUCCUCCGUUCUGUUGCUGUAGAAAGUAGCCCUAAUGCUGUUUUUUUUUUGUUGUAGCCUUACUAACCUGCAUCACUACUUUGUGACUUGUGUAUUUCUCCCACCCCUUCCCCCAAGAUCCCUCUGUUCCUCUUCCCUCAUUUAGACUCAUUAUCCAGUCAGUAUGUGACCACCAUAUUCUUCCUCCCAAAAUGUAAUACCUCACACAUCUAUAUUGAAAUUCAUUUGCCAUAGAAAUGAAUCUAUCUGAUGGCACGCAAACCCUAUUGUGUGACCCCACUAAUUUCCACAUUAAAUAUGUUCUCUCUCCCACAGACACAGUGAAGCAAACGGGGGAUGAUUGCAGUUUCGUCGGGAAGAAUAUUCCUUUUAACAAUGAUGCAGACUGAUGAAGAUUCGUAGGCUUAGGUUCCCUAUCACUGUUUAAAGAUGUUCAUAUUGAGCCAGUGUAGGAGAUAGAGUAAUCUCAGCUCCAUCUUCAAAUUCAGUCCGUCUAUAGGAGGAAAAAAAAACAAAAAAAAAACAUGGAGAGGGAAAAAGUGAAAAAUUCAGGGUAAUACUCUUUGUUUUAUUUUAAAUAUAGAUCACUCGGCUUUUAGUUGAUGAUAGUUGAACAUUCCAGACAAUGUACGGUUUUGAAAUCAAAUCCAUUACACUGAAAAUGGCUGCUGGUCUGUUUUUGCAUCUUGUUGUCUGUUUAAGGUUUAAAAAAACAAAAUGUAAGCUUGGUUUUUACUUUUUACCGCUUGUUUUACACUUCACAAUAAAUGAUAUUAAAACGGUG